CUAUAGACGCAAUUGCGAGGUGUGGCUCGCAUAUAUACAACACGGGAUGAGAUAUUCAAGGGGGUGUUAUCUGACUCUUCCUGGUAUUAUUUUAUGAAAAUUGUGUGAAAAACUAAGACAAUGGCUGCUAUAAGGAAAAAGCUGGUCAUCGUUGGAGAUGGUGCUUGUGGAAAGACAUGUUUGCUGAUAGUGUUCAGCAAGGAUCAGUUCCCAGAAGUUUACGUCCCAACAGUAUUUGAGAACUAUGUAGCUGAUAUAGAAGUAGAUGGUAAACAGGUUGAGUUAGCAUUAUGGGAUACUGCAGGUCAGGAAGACUACGACAGACUGAGACCGCUCUCUUAUCCAGACACAGAUGUUAUACUCAUGUGCUUUUCAAUUGACAACCCGGACAGUUUAGAGAAUAUCCCAGAAAAAUGGACACCUGAGGUGAAGCAUUUUUGCCCUAAUGUACCUGUCAUCCUGGUCGGAAACAAGAAAGAUCUCCGAAUGGAUGAAAACACUAAACGAGAACUGAUGAAGAUGAAACAGGAACCGGUGAGAACAGCUGAUGCCCAGUCGAUGUCAGACAAGAUCAGUGCUUACAAAUACCUAGAAUGCUCAGCCAAGUCUAACGAUGGUGUCAGGGAAGUGUUUGAGACAGCUACCAGGGCAGCACUACAAGUCAAAAAGAAGAAUAAAUCAAAAUGCAAUCUCUUGUAAGAGAUGUCCUCAUACAAGCUGGCAAGGCAUGGUAGUGGUCAACAAGAGCUCCUCAAGAGAAUAAUGCAUUUGAUGUACAUGUAUAUGUUUUGGGGAAAGAGAGAGCCAUUAUGUAAUAUUUUUGGACGUGCUUGGAAGGUCAAAGACAGCAGUAGUGCCAGCAUACAUUAUUUUAAUUGCUUAUUGUGGUAAUAAAGAGACAAUUGGCUUAAUUUGUAGUUGCAGGUUUAUGAAACCACUUUUCUUUCUUUUUUCCCCCUGAAAGCUUGGUGCCAUUUAGCUAAGAUCAAGAAAAUAUGGACCUAGCUUUAACAAGUACUCCAUGGUUAUUAUAUAAGAAGACUGAUUUGUUCAAUUUACAUGCAUAAAUUGAAGAAAUUUGGUAUCCCGAAAAAGAAAGAGACAAAAGAUGUAUCACUGCAUUUUACCCGUAAUAACUCAAGACCUCUUAUUUCAGUUUUACAAGGAAAAAAAACAUAAGUAGUUUGUUAUGAUGGUUCUAUGUUGUAUGCUUUUAGCAAAACAACAAUUGAAUCUACAUUCAUAUUCAGAUUCCAUUGUGGAUAUGAUAUUACAAAUGUUUUGUCUCUUUUCUUGAAAUCUCCUUUGAAGGUGCUCAAUGAGCAUAAACAACAUAUAUUUGGUAAAAGCAUUUCAGCUUGCAGACCCUUAUAACAUUAUAUUUAUUGAAGAAAAAAAUGUACAUUCUUAACCAUGUGGAAAAUGUGCACUUCUUUAUUGUGGUGGGGAUAUUUUUCUGAACUAAAAGGGUUACUGUUCUGUUAUCGUGCACAAGCCCAUUUGACCUUCAUCAUGUCUGCCACCCAUUGGACGUCAUGUCAGAGCACUUUCAGUUAUUGUAUGUAAGGAAUGGUCUACAUCUUUCUGGAGGCAUGCCACUAUCCUUUGCUUAAGCAGGAUUACAUAUUGUGAACACUUACCUCGUUCAGAGACCAUCACUGAAAUGUUGGCUGUUUCACUUAGUGCUCUAUGCAAGGAGGUAUUUUUUUCUCAGUCAGUCGCCAUGUUUUUUGCAUUAUGGGGUUCUUUGAUCCUCUAUUCUGCAUUGUGUUUUUGGCUGAGUAGGACAGGAAGAACAUCCUGCCAAGCAUUCCAGCAAUUCCAUUUGUAAAAAAAAAAAAAGAAAAACGAAUAAAUGAAUUAGGAAACAGGGAAGGAAGGAUAUGUAAAGCAAGGAGGAUAUCUUGCUGAAUGGAUAUGGUGUGUGGCAUCUGCACUUGAUGACUCUGCACCUGUGUAAAUUAUUGGGAAAUUGUAAAAAUUGACUAAAAAGGGGGAAAUAAUUGUUAAAAUAGCUUUGCAUUAGUCGUAUCAAAGGGUGCUUUUUACAUUUAUUUGCAUUAUUUGUUUGCUUUUGGAGACUUUCAUAGAAUGAAUAUUGAAUUGGAAGUAGUCCAGUUGUAAGAAAAGCGGAAUGGCUAUUUAUUAUUGUGAUUCGUGUACCUGUAGCACAAUAUAAGGGAGGAAGCUGACCCAAUUUGACUGAAUGAGUUUAAGAUGCAUUACUACAGAAUAUGUAACAUUAGAAAAAAAAACGCAUUAUCUGGCUGUGAUAAAUCUCAGUGAAUUGAUAGAAAUUUUCUAUGUUGACUUUCAAGACAAACAAAAGUUAUUGAUCUUGUAUGUAGUAACCAAAAAAAGGCAAGAUGUUGAGAUAGCUGACAUCUCACUGAUUCUAAAAGUCAACAGCUUUUCGCACCUGUUUUCAAUCAAACAGGAAUAUUUGACCAAGGGGCAAUGAUAGUUGUUGCACUACGUUUGCAAAACGAUAUUAUAUAGUUAUACACUGUACAUUGUUUUUAUACGAGUUCUGUCGUAAAUAACUAGUACAUGUAAACUGUGGUAGCUGUGUGUUAGUGUAUAAUAAUUGUGAUUCUUCAGACUAAAUUUUUAAAAAGUGAUGAAAAUAUGGCAAUGAUGGUGACAGUUAAAUAUAUGUACACCAAGACUCAAUAUUUCUACCAUUAUCCCCAUGCACUGCUUGUCAUAAAUAUCUAAUAUUUGUAUCAUUCACAUAUACUUAUAUUUAUGGGAAAAUGUUAUUUUUUAGACCUUGUUUGCUCACUACUUGCUCAGUUGAUGUGAGGCUUAUGACAUACUUGCAGGAGCUUGCUAAACUUUGUGAUAUCUUUAUUUGUAAAUGACAGCAAAGUGUUGGUCACUGGACAAGUCCAUUCCAUGCAAAGUAAUUUCAGAAGGGCCUUGUUCAUAAAACUUAGCAUUAAUAUUAAUAAAUGUGUUAAGUUUCUCAAAUACAGUUUCAUUAAAAAAAGUUUUAUGAAACAAGGCCUGAUUUGAUGAUACAAUGUAUGCAACUUGGCAUGGGGUGAAAUGAAAUGGACUACCUCUAAACAGCAAAAGCAGUCAACAUUCCAUUUCUCUUGUAAUAUUUUGGUUUCUUGUAAGUGAAGUAAGAUGAAUCGGUAAUUGAAUGAUCCUUGGUUCCUUUAAAGGGAAAAUGCAUAGAGUUCUGGUAUCAUUGGUUUUGCUGUUUAUUGGCAGGAAGAGAACACAAGUCCUUCAACCUUUUGAUGUCAUUUUCAUUUUCUUCUCUCAAUAAUUGGAAUUUCAGUGCUGUUAUGUAUUUUCAAAUGUGUGUGUGCAUAUGUUUCUACAAGUUUGAAUGUUUGAUUGAUAAUUUGCAGAAUGAUAAUGGACAGGAAGGCAGUAAGGAAGCUACUCUGAACCUGUCCAAAUAUAUAUUAAAAAUGUGAUUUCUGCAUUUUUUUUUUCAUUCAAAAUGUCCUUUGAUUGGUUUAUUUUUUCAUUGUUAAAAUGUAAUGUAUGUUUUUAUAACUGAAUAAUUUUUGCCCUGUGGCUGUCUUUUCUUUCUUGUAUAUUAUCCCCUAAACAAGAAACAGAUAUAAAUUAAUAUGUAUUUACCUUGUUUUUUUUUAAUCUCAACUCAUUUAAAGAUGUUUUUCCAUGGAUAAUUUUCAAUUUGAUUUUGAAUGGUCAGGGUAUUUAUUUUACAUGGGAACUAUAUUCAGAGUAAAUAUCAAACUAAAGAAUAUUAGGAUAUCAAAAAUUGAUAUUACGUAAUGGAACAUUUAUUAUGAGUUACAACGUAUUUUAAUUUACCUUUAUGUCAUUUCAGCAUGAGUUUGAAUUUCAAAGUCUUGUUAAAUUUGGACUUGCUGAUUAUUUAUAUAAAAUAUUUCAAAACACUAGCCUGAGAGGUAUUGCAGUCAUAUUGAUAUUGUGUGGAAAAUUCCCCCAAAUUAAUCUGUCUUGUUAAUGUUUCCACUGUCGUGUCUUUUGUUCCUAUGUGAUGAAAGAGGACUAAACUGCAUCAUAUUUUCCACAUUCUUUUCUUUGUGUUUUAUUCAUUGUUGAAAGAUGUACUAACUAGGCUUUGCAUAGAAAACUGACUUGUGACAUUUUGGUAUGUUUGUGAAUUAAUUUACAUAUAGAUUUUUAAAAUCGAGAAUAGAAGAAAAAUAAACAUCACUAUUACAUUAACUGCACAAAACACUGCAUUGUUAGCUUUAAGGUACAAAUGGCUAACAUUAUGUUGUCUUUGUGCCUGCGUAUAUAUAUAUAUUUUAUAUACCUAUUCCUUUUCUUAUCAUUUUUCCCCCUCACACUUAUUGAAUUUUUCAGUACUGGAGUUUUAAGGUGAAAGAAAUGUAAUCCAUAAAUAAUGAGUAUCUAGAAUGUAGUUGCUUUUAAUAGUUGAGUAUUACUCUUGACAAAAUGAAAAAUAUUCUAGAUAAAUGCAUAUUAUAAUCUUGUGUAUAACAUGCUCUCUCAGCGUGAUGAAAAUAACUUGUGUAUUUUAUUUCCUUUUUCAUUUUCUAUUAGAAGUAGUAAUAGUGUCAUGUACCAGUAUAUAUAUAACUCUAUUUCUGAAGAUGUUGCAUUUAGAGCAACUCUGUUCAUGUUCCUUAUCUUGAUCAAUGUUUUGCUAUUAUUCUUAUGGAUCAACUGAGCAGAAUACAUGUGCAUAUGAUUAAUAAAUUACAGAAGUAUGUGGAGUCAAA